AUGACCAUGUGCAGGCAAAAGGAGAAAGCCGCUGCGAGGAAUGCGUUUAAGUCAUUUUAAUUAUUCCCCCCCAAUUAUGUUGCAACGUAAGGGAAUACACACCAAAGCAGCGGAUUAGCCAAACGCAGUCACCAUCGCGUCGCUGCUGCGGAAUGCCUUCGUAAAACAUGCACUUAGCCCUGUACCUCUUAGUGGGACUUCUCUGGGGAUGCACGAAUGCAUUCAUGAAAAAAGGAUGCGCAAGGGGGGAAGAGGAAAAACAGAAAGGUCUCUUUCGUGUAACCAUUGGUCUGCUGAACAAUUGGUAUGUAGUAAUCCCAUAUCUGUUUAACCAAGCAGGGUCUGUACUUUAUUAUUACCUGUUAGGGCAGGGCGACAUAUCUUUGGUAAUGCCUCUGUGCAACGUCCUCUGCUUUGUAUUCACCUUCCUCACUGAAAUGGCACUCUUUAAGCGGGCCUUCUCCUUCAAGUCCGUGCUUGGGUUGUCCUUCGUCAGCGCCGGGCUCUUCCUCUGCCUGCGCGUUUAGGGGAAGCACGGUCACCACGAUAUAUGCGGCUUCCAACCGGUGGGUGCCCCCCAAUCGGCUGCCGCAUCGCUACACCGCCAUACCGCCACACCGGAGGAAAGAUAACUUACCGCUUCGCAUAACAGGGAUGGAUCCUGCGCAGAGAAGGAGCAGAGCGAAUUGUAGAGCAACCCCCCCCAAAAGAAAACCCAGAGAACACCCAAAAAAAAGGAUUUCCCCCCACGUGUGCAAUUUCACUUCACCGGAAGUUAACACCAAAUGAGAAACGGACCCAAAGUUUUAAUCGCCCUGGGGAACGAACUAAAAAGGGGAGCUGCGUCCCAUCAGUGCAAAGGGGACGUCGCCAGAAUGUACGUGAAUUACCUGCGGCAAAGGUACAGCAUGGACGAGUGGAACCACGUCAGUAACGUUAACUCUUUCAUUUGCGAGAAGAACAACAUCAUUUUAAUCAAACCAGUAACUUCCCUGGAAAAGAACAGUGGACUGGCAAUAAAAAAUAUUUUAAAUUAUUUAAAUUGUGAAGAUUUAAAAAAUGUGUGCAUAAUUUUACCUGACCUGUACAGGUCAAUUGGCAAAUUUAAAUACAAAAGUUAUACCAAAAUUUAUGAAAAAUUGGGCCCAGAUUUUUACAACAUUUUGAAUUCGAACAUAAUUAACAAUGUUUUAUGCAACCACUUUUUGCAGCUAUGCAUUGGUGUGAGCAAUUAUCCAAAUGAAACAAAAAACGCCGUUGCGAUCGCCUUGCAGGAAUGCUUGAGCGAUGGUGAGCUGAAAAAAAUUUUUAAAACAUUUCAGCUAGCUGAGGAGUAUUUUCAUAAAAAAAUUAUGAACGGCAAGGUGAUAACAACCAAUUAUAUUCACUUUAAGGAGAAGUAUCCCGCCAUGGAGCCUCAGAAGAGCUUCAGGAGGAGCACCGCCAGUCGCAGGUACAUCCUGGAUGUCUACCGCCACAUGUACAAGUAG